UAAAGUAAUUACGUUCUCAUAAACAAGUCCCCCUAUUUCAAUUCGUGAUUUUCACUCUGCUGUCAUGGUCAAAAUUGCAAUAAACGGUUUCGGCAGAAUUGGACGCCUGGUUGUACGGCGCUGUUUACAAAAACUAAAGGAACACAAGGGUACGUCGUGUGGAGAAUGGCCAACGGUGGUAGCCAUCAACGACCCGUACCUUUCAGCAGACCAUAUGGCAAAUCUUUUCAAAUAUGAUUCAACCCACGGUAUCUAUCAGGGUGAAAUACAGGUAGUUGGCAGUUGCCUGAAGAUCGACGGUCAACUGGUUGACAUUCAUAAUGAGAAAGCUCCAGACAAAGUUCAGUGGAGUAAAAGUUCUCCGCAGUAUCUAGUUGAUGCUACAGGCUUGUACAAGACUCAGGACAAAGCUUCGGCCCUUCUUCACGAAACCGUCGAGCGAGUCAUCCUCACUUACCCUUCCAAAAAAGAUAUCCCCAUGUUUGUAAUGGGUGUAAACCAUGACGAUUACAACCCCGACAUUAAAAUAGUGUCUAACGCUUCGUGCACCACCAACUGCUUAGCACCACUAACCAAAGUGGUCAACGAUCACUUCAAAAUCGCGUGCGGUUUAAUGACCACAAUACAUGCAGUUACUCCGUCCCAGAACACCCUCGACGGCCCGGCGAAAAAGAACUACAGAAUAGGCAGAGGAGCUCUCCAGAACAUCAUUCCUACGAGCACCGGCGCCGCCAAAGCUAUCGCUAAAGUUAUACCCGACCUCGAGGGUAAGAUAACUGGAAUCGCGGCCAGAGUUCCGGUUCCGGAUGCGUCUAUGGUAGAUUUAACGAUGAUCAUUGAUACGCCUGCGGAAUACGACGUGAUCAAAUGCAAGAUUAAAGAAGCGGCUGAUGGGCCGAUGCAUGGGAUUCUGGCGUACACGGACGAUCCCAUUGUUUCUUCAGAUAUUAUUGGGGAUUCCCGGUCCUGCAUUUUUGACGCGACAGCUGGACUGGCGCUAACCAGGAAUUUUAUCAAGUUGAUUGCAUGGUAUGAUAACGAGUGGGGUUAUGCUUGUCGAGUUGUGGAUCUGUGUAAAUAUAUGGCGUCGAGGGAAUCUUGCUAAACAAACUAAAUUCAAAAUUGUAAAAUAAUAUCAAAAUAAAGAAUGAAGUCCUUAGUAGAUACCUGCGGUGGUGUUGCGAUAUAUUGUUUUUCUUCUGAACGAUGGCCUCAACUCUCGAACCGACUACUCUGAAAUUUCGGGUGUAUUUAAGACUAUCGUGUAAACGGAAAACACUAACUAGAUUGGUCUAUUUUUCAUAUAUUUCGCUACACCCAUACAGGUAUGUUGGACAAAAUAAAAAUCUGCCGCAUAUUCUACGCUCUACCCCGUCUUCGCAUGAAAAUAAAACAUGUACAUCCUUA